UCUUAUCUGCAAACUCCGUCGUCGGGACAGGUGCCUUUACGCUGCUACCCUACGCCCUUUGUCCUCUCGCGUCGCCAUAUGACGAGUUUCAUCCCUUCAUAGAAGCUCUACUGCCCUUCGUUAAAUCUUUCUCUUACACAUGGUUCAACCUACAAGCAGCAAAACGUAAAUAUUACAAAAAGCAUGAGAAACGAAUGUCUUUAGAGGAGGAGAGGCAGUGCAAGGAAGCUUUGCAGAAUGAAAAGGCUGAGGUGAAACAGAAAUGGGCGUCGCGUUUGUUGGGGAAAUUGCGUAAGGACAUAACACAGGAAUGCCGAGAGGAUUUCGUCCUGAGUAUAACGGGUAAGAGGCCGGCCGUCUGCGUGCUCUCGAAUCCCGACCAGAAGGGAAAGAUGAGAAGGAUAGACUGCCUGCGGCAGGCGGACAAGGUUUGGAGGCUGGACCUCGUGAUGGUGAUACUGUUUAAGGCCAUACCGUUGGAGAGCACCGACGGCGAGCGGCUCGAGAAGAACCCCGACUGCACGCAGCCAGGACUCUGCGUUAAUCCUUACCAUAUCAACGUUUCCGUUCGAGAGCUCGAUCUCUACUUGGCGAACUUCAUAAACAGCCAUGAAAUCCUAAGCGGGGUGUGUUACAACAAUAAUAAUAAGAAAGAUGACGAUAGGAAGAACAAAGUUACAGGAUACACUCAUAACCCAUACAAUGGUGUCAUAUGCAAUGAUAUCAUUUUAGCGACGGGCGUAUUCUCCUCUAAAGAAUUGUGGAAGUUGUCGAAAUCUUCCAUCCUGCAUGAGCUCACGGAACCUCAGCCCAAUAUAAACAGCGUCAAAGUGGAACAUCCGGCCUACUACUGCAAUAGUUAUCAGGAUCAGGGUUCAGUCGUUUCUGAUCGAUCAGCUCCAGUUGAUGCAAUGGUCGUUUCUGGCGCAUACUCGAUGCCUCAAAAUACCACGCUAGUGUCUUCCAGUUCUCAGUCGACCAGUCCGAGCACGUUGUUUUAUCAACACAGUCCAGAGUCGCACCAGCACCAGCACCAAGUGAAGUAUCCCGAAAAUGGACACGACACACUCUCAGACUUUGUCACAUUUGUUUGCCAAGAAACCGACAACAGUUCACAAAACUCACAGAUGCAGGCAAAUUUGUCUCGUAGUCCAAAAUCUCAAUACUUCCCUUCGAUGUUGCCGCCGCCUCCUCUUCCGCCCAUGGCUCGUCCCGUAGCAAUAAUCCGAUCGACAAACGACGUGACCAUGUCUGGAACACACUCGCCUCCAGUUAGUAUAACGCCACCUGUUAGCGAGACGUCCCCGGUUGACGAAGUACCUGAAAUAAUUGCAUCCCCUCCAUUAAGUCCGAAAAACCAAGAGCGCCGAAACUCGCCCUCGCAACGAAACAGCAUCCCCACGACAAGUCCCUAUUCGCCCAACAGGGAUUACGCCUUCAACCAUUUCCACGGGCAGACAGGACAUCUCUACAACUACCAUAUGGGGAUGUCUGGUGCUAUCAGUCCUACCAAUCUGAGCCUGUAUACAGCCGGUUCGAAUCCCAACAGAGGAACACGCUGUAGCACGAUGUCGCGAUGGAACCCGCAACUGUUCGCCCUGGAUCAGGAGGAUUUCAAUAUGAUCUCGCAUCCGAUCACCGGCAACAACUCGGAGCCGAACACUAUCAUCCUUAUGGACGAAGCUUCCGCAACAACCGGUAACGAACACGGAAACCAAUGUUGCAAUAGUUCCACGCUGAUCUGCGACGCCGAUCGAUUCUUCCAAUCCACCGAAGGACUCGAACACACGACGCCCCGGGAAACAGAUUCAAAAACUCCAUGAAACGAAACAACGAUACCAAAAGAAAUCUCUCUCUAUCUAUCAACCUACCUAUCUACUACAAUCUCUCUCAAAAACUAUACAGACAAAAUGACGACGAAACCAAACCAAAACAAAACAAAAAACUAAAAAAAAACAAACUGCCUUACAAUGCAGCUUUCUUGCCAAGUUUAUGUGUGAUGAUUAUUUUGAGAUUUUAUAAUUUCGCGCGCGUAUUGGUGCUCAACUAGCGUAGACUAAAUAUAGAAUAUUUAGUAAUUUAAGGAAGUAUUUUGCCGUAAUUGGAUAGUACGCAAAUCAUUAGUGCGAGGACUGGUGGCGUUUAUAUAUUUUUGGAAUCAUCGACGACACGGAGAAUUGUUACCUCUAUUAACCAUGGUUCGCAAACCGCGAAUUCAUAACUAGACAAAAAAAUAAUAAGAUGAAUAAGAAGAAAAAGAAGAAGAAAAGAGAAUAUGAAAUGAAGAGAUUUUUCGAUAUUUAUAUAUAUACAAAUUUUUAAAAUUUAAACGCCGCGCGGUGCUGCACGACAGUUUUGGACUACAAUAUUGAUGAUGGUGGAUAAUUCACCGAUGCCAAGGUGUGUGUGUAUUCUGUAAGUCAUAAAUCGGUUAUUCAACAUGCUAUAUAUAUAUUAUAUAUGAGAAAUUAUUAUUAAGAAAUACGGUGUUGAUAUUUUUCUUGUAUUCGGAAGGUGGACAGUUUCGCGGUGCUUUUUUAUACCAAAAUUUUUGAAUAUGAGAUUUUAUCAGUUACAGAAUACGACCCCAAAAUGAGACGAAUAGGCUGUGCAUUGCUCUAGCCAUGGACGCGAGUCCUUAUUGAUAUAAUAAUAUAGUCGGUGACUUAUUUUGUAUUCCGUUCCUAUGUUGGGUAGAAUAUCCAGCGCAGCUGUCUUCCACGACUGUGCUUAUCGUUGGUGAUGGUGACUUCUUACAACGUUCAAGCAGUAAGCUGGGUCUGUGCCUUAGUAUUACAAUAAUAUUGAUACCGUAGUCUAGUAAUUAGAGACGUUAAAAAAAAACAAAGAUUUUUCGACUAGAAUUCAGUUGCAACUCAGAUUCAACACGAAUCUGAGCUUCAACUCUGCUCCAGUGUAUUGAGCUUGCUCACAGCACAAGUCGGCUCACUAGAAUACUAUCAAGGUGCAUAGUUUCCAGACAACAACAAAAAUAAUUAAAAAAAAGAAGAUGAAUAUAAAGAAAAAUAAUAAUAAUAUUAACAUUAACAAAGAGAAAAUGAAUAAAAAAUAAAAACCCCAAAAACCGAUAAGGGUGUAAUUAGCUAAAAAAAAAAUAAUAAUAAUGUACAUAAAAAAAAUAUUUAUAUACCUAGAAUUAUAUAUAGCCGACAUCGUCUUUACAAAUUUAUUCGCUUACGAAGAAAAAAAAAUGAUGAUGAUGAUGAAUUAAAUGAGAAUUUACGGAGCGCGGUUCGAUGGUUCCGGUAGGCUGCGACCACUUAUCCAGACACAAGUAGGUGGUCACAGGCUCACCAUCAAUUACCAAGCUUAGAGGUCAAUAAAUUUGGUACUUGAUAACUAUCAUUAAAGUAGUCCCCGCUCGACACAGGCGGGGAUGUUUCAGGUCAAUUCUUAACAAAACAAAACAGAGUCCCCUCGAAUCGCGCCCCAGGAUCAGCCUUAUGAAAUAUAUAAUAUAUAAAUAUAUAUAUAGUAUAAUAUAUUAAACGCAUGUCGGCUCUAUAUAGAAACGAAAACUGUGAUUGAGUUUCUUUUCGAAGCAAUGGCGGAGGAGACACGUUUGUUAUUCAUAUAUUAAUUAAUACUAUUCUAUACAUAUUUUUUUUCUCUAUCUCUAUCUCUCUCUCUUUCGUUGUUUCUUCCAAAACUUUUCUUCUGCGUUUCCUAUUGUUUAAGGAAAAACGAAUCCAUUUGAAUAUUUACUGAAGGUCAACAAUCUUACUUUCUUUAUAUAUACACGUAUAUAUAUUCAUAUGUAUAUAUACUUGUAUUUAUAUAGAUAUACAUAUAUAUUUGCCACCGAAACAUCCCUUAAUGCCCAUUCAAUCCACCCAAACAAACAAAAAAGCGAGGUCAACGCUCUACCACAAUUCCUUUCGAACCUCUCUUCUAGUCACAACAAUAGCUCAGAGUGGCUCCAACUGA